UUAACCCUCAACAUCUCCGUGCUCUCUCAUUCCUCGCCGUAGUAGUCUGAACUGAACCCUAAAGCCAUCUCCGCUUCUUCUUUCCGCAAGAUCUCAGGUUCGUUCAGAUUUGGCUGAUUUCGCGACAUGACGAGGGUUUAUGUCGGGAAUUUGGACCCACGGAUCACCGAAAGGGAACUCGAAGAUGAAUUCAGGGUCUUUGGUGUUCUUCGCAAUGUUUGGGUAGCUCGUAGGCCUCCAGGCUACGCUUUCCUCGAGUUCGACGACGAAAGGGAUGCUUCUGAUGCGAUCAGGGCAUUGGACAGAAAGAAUGGUUGGCGUGUGGAGCUUUCUCACAAAGAUAAAGGAGGUCGUGGAGCUGGUGGUGGUCGUCGUGGUGGGAUUGAGGACUCCAAGUGCUAUGAGUGUGGUGAACUUGGACAUUUUGCUAGGGAGUGUCGCCGUGGUCGAGGCUCUGGUAGGCGUAGAAGCCCUAGUCCUCGUCGUCGUAGGAGUCCUGAUUAUGGGUAUGCACGUAGGAGUUUAAGCCCGCGUGGAAGAAGAUCUCCUCCAAGGCGUCGCAGUGUUACUCCACCUCGCCGUGGGAGGAGCUACAGCAGAUCCCCUCCUUAUCGUGGUACAC